AUGAAAAAGUAUAUUUUAUUAAUAUUUAUUUUUACAGUUAUAAACUGUUGUUUAGGUGGUCAGUUUUUUGGAAAUAUUUCAAGUGAUCUAAAAAAUCUUAAACCAACAUCAAAAGUUUUUAGUUAUAAUCUUGUUUUAGAAAACAUUAAUGAUUACUAUUUUUCAUAUUUAAAUUUUAAUGAAAACUUUACAUACACUGGUUAUCAUUUAGGUUUAACUUUUAAAAAUUUUAAACCAUGGAUGAUAGUAGAUUCUAAAAAAUGCAAGUUAUCAAAAUAUAUUAUUAUAAUUAUACAAGAUUUAUUUAUUUCUUAUAUUAAAAUAUUUAAAUUUAUUUAUUCAAUUUAUGUUGAUUUUAAUACAACUGUAUAUAGUGUAAGAGAUGCUUAUUAUGAUAUCAAAGAGAAAGUAUAUGUAUUUUCAAAAACAUUGCCAUUACAAGUAUUUAGAUUAGAAGUUUUAAAAAACACAACCGAAAUGUUUAAUAUCGAAGGUGUAUAUAUUAGCCAAAAUUUAAAUAGCUAUGUGUCAUCUUAUAAAAACCAAUUUGUUUUUUUAGGAAAGAAUGAAGCUGAUCCAGUUAUGAUGUUAUACCUAUUUAAUACAAAUACCAAAUCAUUGGAACUUUUAUUCCAAACCAAUAAGAAAGUAAAAUAUAGUAGCAUUAAUUUGGUUAGAGGUUUGAAUCCACGUUUUGUUUAUUUCAGUAAUUUAAAUACUAAUGCAGAGGGUUACUUGUUUGAUUUAGAAACAAAAACAAUAGAAUCUUUCAACACAACUAAAAAAAACCGCAAUCAAGAUGGCGUUGUUACAAGCUUGGUUGCUAACGAAUUUUUAACCUCAAUAGUCCCAAAUUUUCGUUAUGUACCUAUAGCUUAUGACUCUUCAUAUUAUAAAGAAACAAUAAGCACUGCAUUAUCAGUCAAUAGUUUUAAUCUUUCAUUAGUAUUUAUUUUAUUAUUAACAUCAUUAAUAUUGUUAAUUUAA